CCACGAUGUUGCUACGUGCAAACCGAAGGACGCGCAUGAAGAACUUGGCGAAGCGCAGGAAACGGCGACUAUACGCGCAACUCCAGGCACAGCUCGAGGAGGAUGUGGCUCCUGAGGAAGUUGAACGUAUCGCGAUGGAAGCAGAAGAGGCGCGGCAAGUGUGCCACGAAACGUGGCUUCGAGCGACAGCUGCAGCGGAUGCAAAGUUCAAGAAGAAACAACGAAUCUUGGAAGAACGAAGACUUCUCAUGGACGACAUCAAACAGCAAAUGGAACAAGAAUCGUUGGAAAAGGAGAUGCAGGAGAAGGAGGAGCGAGAGGCCAUGGCCCUUGCGAGAGAAUCCAAACGACAGAUGGAACUCAAAGCCUGGGCAGAAAACAUUCAGAACCUGUCGGACGAGCAGAAAAAGAGCAUCUUGUGCAGCUUUCACACUCGAACUGGCGUGUGCCGAUUUGGCGAUCUAUGCAGUCGCGUUCAUGCUCCACCACCCACAAGCGGUCGCUUCGUUCUGUUUCCAGUAUGUCCGUGCCCUCUGGGCAACUCCGAAGUGAACUCAACUUCGCAGGGCAUGCACACCAUAGGCGUCAAGUCGCACCAGGACGGUGAUGACCACCUCGAGUUAGACGAACUGGAAAUGCGGCGGGCGUACCGAGCGUUCUUCCUGGACGCAAUUCAGGAGUUUCUCAAGCUCGGCCACGUCGUGCAACUUCAUGUUCGGUGUUCAUCGUGCUCUACCAGCAAUUGACUGCAACCCAAUAGACUUGCUGUAACAUAGCGCCACACCUGCGAGGGAAUGUCUAUGUCGAAUACCAGACGGCGGAGAUGGCUGCAGCUGCCCAAGCUGCGCUGCGUGGCCGUUGGUACGCUGGGAAACAGCUGCUGUCAGAAAUCACCCACAUCAAGAGUUGGGCCGACGCGAUAUGUGGUCUGUUUGUGCGGCAGCGAUGCGUGCGUGGUGGGGAUUGUAACUUUCUGCACCCCUUUGCAAACCCCGUCGAAGUGGACCCACCACCGUUGCGAUAUCGAUCUCCAUCAGUGAAUUCUACACAAUUUCGAGAAGGUCAAGCCGCAGAGCGUCAUUCGAAAUCGAAUGACGACAAGAAAUCGCAAAAACGCCAUCGGCGGGGGAAUAUCGACUCUGAGGAAGAAGAGGGACGCCAUCAUCGUCGGCGCCGCGACGAAAGGCCAGACAAGUCGAAGCGACGGCGGCGAUCACGAUCGUCUGAUCACAGCGACUCGAAGCGAGGCGUGGCACAUUCCAGCCGACGGAGUCACCGCGACCACGACCCGCCCAGCACCCGAAGAAGAUCCCGAUGUCUCGACCGCUAGGACUUGUUACACUUUUGAACAAUUCAGCUGGGUUGCCAUGUAUGUCAAGAUGGCGAUGGCGCCGGGCUUCGAUACCGCCUUGUUUAAUUCCGAGCAAUGGGGGGAGUGAAUACACCGGGGGCAACCGUCGAC